AGAUGCUGAUGAAACAGGGAGAGUUCUGUGUACCGAGUGUAAAUCUAUAUUCUCAAUAGAACAUGGUGGGAUAUCAGAUAUCAAACAGCAUCUACAAAAACGUAAACAUUUAUUGGCCGUGUCUAGCAGUACUAAUAAAUUAGCGCCAUAUUUCAUCAAUAAAGAAAUAUCUGGACGAGACCGAACGUCGGCAGAAG